AUGAGUACAAACAGCAAGAAGCUCGAAUCCCGAAAGCAUCCAACUUUCUUCACGAGAUUCCAAAUAACCUCCCUCCUGAUGCAGUCAGCAAACGGAACCCUCUACAACGGAAUCGAAAUCGAUCUUUUGACCCGAGAGAAAGUCCGCGACGUCGUGGUCAAGUUCUUCCCAAAAUCCUCCGUCCGAACCUAUGCCGAUGUCAAGGGCAUUCGAUGUCCUUCAGAGAUCUACUUUCACGUCAAAGCCUUUUCCCUUGCCCGUCCCUUCAUCGUCAAGCCACUCGAUUGGAUCGAGCGAGAAGACGACUUCGCGGUCGCUAUGGAAAAGCCCGAAGGAACGAUGGACCUGUUCGACUUCUGCAAUAAGUACGGCGUCCAGAGCGAGAAAAACGCGAGAAUCAUUUGGACCCAAAUCGUCAUCGCUUGUUACAAAAUGCAUCUGGGCGGAGUGAUGCAUUCUGACAUCAAGGACGAAAACGUACUCAUCAACCCCGACACCCUUCAAAUCAAAAUCAUCGACUUCGGCUGCGCGAAAAAGGUCCAAGAUCGCUACGAAAAACCUUCGGGAACAGCUGCCUACUGGCCGCCAGAAUUCAAGAGCCACGGAAGCUUCAAGCCCGGACCAGUGACUGUUUGGUCCCUUGGGUCGAUUUUGUACCUGCUUCUCGCUGGCGAAUGGAAGUACUCGGAAGAAAAUGGAUUCAUGCGCAACUUUUUGAAAGAACAGCGAUUGAGCGAAGAAGCCCAGCAGCUGAUCAACCGCGUUCUUUGCAUCCACGAGUACUCGAGAAUAUCACUUCAGGAUGUCAUCCAGUCAGCUUGGGUCCAGCAUCUCCCGAGCUCGCCUAAGAAAAGAAGCUCCUCCGUCUGA